AUAAAAAUUAAAAUUUACAGGGAUGAGAUAAAGAUGAGUGAACUAUCUGGGAAUGGAUCAAUGGUUUUUCUGCAGACAGAGGAGGAUGAGAACAGUGAGCUGGCACUCUCCGUCCUAACCCAGGCUAUGCAGGAGAUGGGGGUGGUAGCUAUAGUCAGGAGAGUAUAUAACCGAGCAACUGCCCCCCGCUUAGGAGUUCUAGCCCCUGAGUUUGAUGAUGAGGGGGGUCUAGUUCUUUCCUAUGUGGAUCUUCCUUUUGCAGAGGAUAGACGAGAACUUCAGUUUGCACCUUUAAUAGAUCCCAGGAGACCAGCGAGUACAGAUCAACUAGGAGCUGUUGAUGAUCUAAUAGAUGCAAUGGAUCUUGAAGUACAGUCAGCUGAUGAGGAGGGGAAGGUUGCGUUUCUAGUAAACCCUGAAGAGGAGAUGAACCCCUUGUACCAGUUUCUCUAUCAGGCACUCACUGAAAAGGCGCUAAACCCAAACAGCAAGGUUCCCUCUGUACCAUAUCGUCUACUACGUAAUCUAAAUCCUCCUUCAGUUCUCCUCGAACAGGCGGCUCCUGUCCUCACCCGGAUUCGUCAGGUUUUCCCCUUGGAGGAGGUCGAGCUCAGGGUAUCUAAGAGGACCGGGGAGAAGGUAUUCGGAGCAAGGGAGGAGAAGGAGGAGGAACCUGUCAAGAAGAUGAUGAAGAUGGAUGAGGAGGAGGAGCAGGAGGUGAAAGCUACUUAUGUAGGAUCAAUCAAUCCUGUUCAAGAUUUUAAUUAUCUUCUCUCUCAUAGUGUCACUACUGGGGCUAGUAUAGAAGUUACAGGUUUGCAAAUGGAGCAAGUAAUUGAAAGAAUGUUGGCAAGUGCAUUCGGUACCGAUCUUAAUUCCAAAAUUGUGAACUGCUUAAAAGCAUACAGGGAAGCCUGCAAGGAUAGAAAGAAGGCGGAACAGUACAACAACUAUAUUAGGAGUCUAGUUGUAAAGGUUGGGGAGAGACUGAGACAGGACAUUAUUGAUGCUGAACUCGGCUUGCUGCGGGCUGUAGAGGUGUUCGGAGGAGAAGCAGAAGAUGUAGCAGAUGCUUUCCUUCAAGAUCUGGUCGGGGGAAAGAACAAGAAGGCGUUGGCGGAAGAGGAGGAGGAGGAUGUCAUGGAUUUAAUCUAGAUUGUCAUGAUUUCCGUUUAGAAUUUCCUCGUACAGUAGUCAUCCAAAAUAGUUUGGAAUAUAGUUAUGAUUAACAGUUUUUCAAAGAUAUUUGCAAGAUGUUUGAUUUCAUUAAAUUUCAAAUUAAUUUCCUGUCGUCUUUGCUCUCUAAUUUAUUCAAGAGACCACUAUCCAAAACAGCUACUCAACAGUGUGCCUUUAUUUUCUUUAAAAUUCAAUCCUCAAAGAUUGUGAUAAAACACGUGAUAUUAAUACCUUUCAAAUCCUUCUAAGACGCGAAAGCACCAUUCACAGAAUUAAGCAUUUUUUCAGA